AUGCGGGAGCAACUGUUGCGCUCCCAAACACGCAGCACCUGCGUGCCCGAGCUCAUUCCGGCUCUCCUCUCUUUCUUCCUGGAUGAGGAGAUUAGACGCAGGCAGUCGUGUUCAAACAGGCGGCCGUCCCUCUUCCACGGCUCCUCCGUCCCACCUGCAUACCUGAUGAAAGGAUUUGCCCUCCUCUUUCUUGUAUUUCUCUCCAUAAAUUGCGCAUUCGGCAACUAUCCUCGGGCAAAAAAUGUCACCUGGAAGUCCACGAACUUCAAAACUAUCCUGACGUGGGAACCCAAGCCCUCAGCUGACUACUCCUACACGGUGGAGUUCUCUGCGAUCGGAAUGGACAAGGAAAGGAGUCCUUAUUGCAUUCGCUCCUCCAACACUGUGUGUGAUCUGUCCCACUCUUCAGCCGACCUGCGGGCCUGCUACACGGCCGACGUUCUGUCCGAACCCCCACUGGGGGUCAGCUCGGACCUGACAGAGUUCCCUCACACCAGCUCGCCUCAGUUCUGUCCGUACAAAGACACGGAUAUCGGCAAACCGGACUUUGAGCUGAAGAUGAACGACGACAAAACGGUGACCAUGCUGCACGUGAGGGACCCCCUCACAGCUCUGUUUGAGGGGGACCGCCAACUGACCAUCAGGGAUAUCUUCUCUGACCAGCUGCAAUAUAAAGUGACCUAUUGGAGGAAUGGGAGUACUGGAAAAAAAAUCUACAACUCUAAGAGCAGCUUGAUAGAGCUGAGAGAUCUGGACCGGGGGCAGAGCUAUUGUUUCUACGUGCAGGCCUACAUUCCAAGCCGAAGCAUAGACAAACAACUGGGGGAGAUAAGCGACACGAACUGCUCUAAUAAUGACGGCCAGUCUUUCUUGGGAGCUUACUCCGUCCCCGUCAUCGCCGUCCUGGUCCUCUUCAUCCUGCUGGUGAUCGGCAUCGUCAUCGCCGUGGCCGUGGUCUGCUGCAAACGCUGGAGAAAAGCCCAGAUAAAAAGAGAGAGAGUGCCCCGCCAGGACGUGUAGAGGAUAUUCAGGCACAAACAUUCCCCGGGAACCUGCUGCUCUGCUGAACCCGAUCCGAGACUGUGAGGAGAGCCGGAGUUCACCAUUCCACUACAGAACACUGGAAAAAGAUGCUCUUUAGUUUCUGUGAAACUGUUUUAUUAGACCUCUUUUUUUUUCUAAUAUAAAAAAAAUGCACAGAGAGAGAUUUUUUGAAAAUGAUUCAUUCUUCAACUUAAGGAACACAAGAAAUAAUAUAUUCCUCUAGCUGGGAGUAAGGGGUACUUUUGAUCACUGUAGAUAAUCUCACCAGAUAGUAUUUAUUUCAUUUUAUUGUCAACCUUUUUACUUGAAUAAUUGAUCUGUCAAGGGGAUUUUUUGCCGUACUUCAGGUUAAAGCUGAAUUUUAUCUUAAAUCAAUGCAUUGCAGAUAUUUGUUUACAUUUUCUUGCUUAAUUUAUACCAUUGAGGGGAAAAUAGUUCCUUUCGAUUGUGUUUUUUCUAGUGUCUAUAUGUAUUAUUCCUGUAGAUAAUGAAAUGUAACACACUGUGUAAUAAGAACUAUCGCACUUGGUAUGAUCAGUUGAUAGAUUUGAACAA